UCCGGGCAGCUCGGUGCGUGUGGGAGCCGGGGCCGCGGCUGCGCGGGUGCUCCGGGCCGAGGUGUAAUGUUCAAGCCCAGAAAUGCCUUAUGUGGAUCGUCAGAAUCGCAUUUGUGGUUUUCUAGACAUUGAAGAAAAUGAAAACAGUGGGAAAUUUCUUCGAAGGUACUUCAUACUGGAUACCAGAGAAGACAGUUUUGUAUGGUACAUGGAUAACCCACAGAACCUACCUUCUGGAUCAUCACGUGUUGGAGCCAUUAAACUUACCUACAUUUCAAAGGUUAGCGAUGCAACUAAGCUAAGGCCAAAGGCUGAAUUCUGUUUUGUUAUGAAUGCAGGAAUGAGGAAGUACUUCCUACAAGCCAAUGAUCAGCAGGACCUAGUAGAAUGGGUAAAUGUGCUGAACAAAGCUAUAAAAAUUACAGUACCAAAGCAAUCAGACUCACAGCCUAAUUCUGAUAACCUAAGUCGCCAGGGUGAUUGUGGAAAGAAGCAAGUGUCUUACAGAACCGAUAUUGUUGGAGGUGUACCCAUCAUUACUCCAACUCAGAAAGAAGAUGUAAAUGAAUGUGGUGAAAGUAUUGACAGAAAUAAUUUGAAACGGUCACAAAGCCAUCUUCCUUACUUUACUCCUAAACCACCUCCAGAUAGUGCAGUUAUCAAAGCUGGAUAUUGCGUAAAACAAGGAGCAGUGAUGAAAAACUGGAAGAGAAGAUAUUUUCAAUUGGAUGAAAACACAAUAGGCUACUUCAAAUCAGAACUGGAAAAGGAACCUCUCCGUGUAAUACCACUUAAAGAGGUUCACAAAGUCCAGGAAUGUAAGCAAAGUGACAUAAUGAUGAGGGACAACCUCUUUGAAAUUGUAACAACAUCUCGAACUUUCUAUGUGCAGGCUGAUAGCCCUGAAGAGAUGCACAGUUGGAUUAAAGCAGUCUCUGGCGCCAUUGUAGCACAGCGGGGACCAGGCAGAUCAGCGUCUUCUAUGCGGCAGGCCAGAAGGCUGUCGAACCCUUGUAUACAGAGGUAUACAUCAAGAGCUGGUGAAUGCAGCACGAGCAUUCAGAAUCCAAGCACGCUUUCCGUCCUGCCAGCGCAGCAGCCGCCGCCUCACAUUCCACAGCCAGCCGCAGCAACUCUCUGGUCUCCAGCUUUACCAUGGAAAAGCGAGGAUUUUACGACUCUCUUGCCAAGGUCAAGCCAGGGAACUUCAAGGUCCAGACUGUCUCUCCAAGAGAACCAGCUUCCAAAGUGACUGAACAAGUUCUGCUAAAACCUCAAAGUAAAAAUGGCCCUCAGGAAAAAGAUUGUGACCCAGUGGACUUGGAUGACGCGAGCCUUCCAGUCAGUGACGUGUGAGACGGAAGCGUGUGGAGCCUGCGCCGUUGGCCAUCCUCGGUUUCCUUUCAUGAGGCCUCUAGCCAAAGAUGAUAAAGGGUGGAAUGGUUUCUAAUGCAUAUGGUAUACUGCCUCUUAGAUGUACUCUUCGUAAACUGGUGAACUAAGAAUCUAGGGAGUGGCCAAACUAAAUAUAAUUUCUUU